AUACCAUACCAGUGAUUCUCUGCGCCGUUGAAGACAGCUGACGUUGUUCUCAAGUCUGAUUUAUUUCAUCUUCAAAUCUUUGAUUUCUUCAGAGGCAUGUGCUUGUCUAGUAACUACCCCCUGAUUCGUAGUAUGUUAAUCUAAAUUUCGCUGGGGCUUGAGAAACGGCAGCCAAAGUAUGAAAAUUACCGAUAACAACCGUCGCCCACUUUCUUCAUUCUGGGUUAAUACCUCUACUCGAAAUGAAGCUCAUCACUGUCAACUUCCUGACCUGUGCUGUGAAGGGGUGCAAAACAGCAGCAGCAUCAUAUCCGCUGCAUUUUCGAGAUGCUGAAUUAGAAUUGCAGGAACUGGAGUUCCAGCCAGAGUUCAUACUCAAUAUUAUUCCUCGGAUUGAUUGGGAAGCGCUGCGAGUCAUGGCAAAUGAGCUCGGUUUUCCCAAAAUCCCAGACACUAAGCCGGAAGGUGAUGCGCUUAAAGAUGAGCAGCUUCUAAAGGAACUCCACAGGCUCUUGUUAGAAACACAGGUUGUUGAAGGAAGAUUGUGUUGCGGAAAUUGCGGCCAUGAAUAUAUGAUCAAGGAAGGAAUCGCUAACUUUCUUCUCCCCAGUCAUUUAGUCUAAAUAUACGAAGGUGUGAGUUCAAGUGAGUCCAGUCACUGGAACCCGAGAUGCCUGUCCAGGAAUCUGUUGGUCUCUUUUUGACAAAAAUAUUUGUGACCUUCCGUCAGUCGGCUUUGCAUCUACCAAAACU